AUGGCGCGCAUAAAAAAGAAAGGCCAAGCCGGUCAGGCAAAGAACUUUAUUACGAGAACCCAAGCUGUGCGCAAGCUUCAGAUAUCACUUCCGGAUUUUCGGCGGUUAUGUAUCUUCAAGGGCAUAUACCCAAGGGAGCCACGGAACAAGAAGAAAGCAGCCAAAGGCUCCACGCCCUCGACAACCUUCUACUACACACGCGACAUACAAUACCUCCUCCACGAGCCACUCCUUAGAAAGUUCCGCGAGCACAAAGCGCUCGGCAAGAAGAUCAGCAAAGCGCUCGGGCGCGGCGAGGUCAAGGAUGCAGCGCGGUUAGAGAAGACUCAGACGCCGCGCAUGACGCUGGACCAUAUCAUAAAAGAGCGAUAUCCUACCUUCGUCGACGCGCUGCGAGACCUGGACGACGCGCUGUCCAUGCUGUUCCUCUUCGCCAACCUGCCCUCUACUGCCACCGUACCUCCCAAGACCAUUGCGCUCUGCCAGCGGCUUUGUCUUGAAUUCGAACACUACCUUAUCACCACGCAUGCGCUUCGAAAGUCCUUCCUCUCCAUCAAGGGCAUAUACUACCAAGCGACGAUUCAAGGCCAGGAUAUACUAUGGCUAGUACCCUACAAGUUCGUGCAGCGGGUGACGGGCGAUGUGGAUUUUCGGAUCAUGGGCACCUUUGUGGAAUUCUACACUACACUGCUAGGCUUCGUCAACUUCCGAUUGUACAACUCCAUUGGCCUGCUCUACCCGCCAAAGUUCGACGCAGAGAGCGAUGAGCGAGGCGGCGAGCUCAGUGCCUUUACUUUGGAAGGUCGAGGUCUCGAGGAACCGCAAAAAGCAAUCGAGGACGUGCCCAUGACGAACGGGACUGCAGAAGCUCCGGCGACCUCAACCACCGCCCAGGAUCUCGCAGAUAAACUCGCCACCCUUCCACAACCUGAAGACGCCGAAGCCGCCGAAGCCGCCGACCCUCCCGCCAUUACUCCAACCCCAGCCGACGACCUCACUACAGAAGCCAUAGACACCUUCGAACCCACAGCCGAUGACGCCGACAUCCUACCCCAACCCCUCUUCAACUCCUCCGCAGAAGCCGCGUCGCUCUUCGCCAACACAACCGUCUGGCUCUCGCGCGAAACGCCCCGCCAACCCCUCGAGUUCCUGCUCAAGGCCUUCGGCUGCAAGCGCGUAGCUUGGGAUCCUGUUCUCGGCGAUGGAUCAUACACGGCCGAUGAGUCGGAUCCGAGCAUCACGCACCAGAUCGUCGAUCGCCCGCCGUUAUCGCAAUCCGGCGUCCCUGCAGCUGCCGCACAGCCAGAAGCAACCGAAGCAGAAGUUGCUGAUGCUCCGAAAUCAAGGACCCUGCCACCGGGUCAUAGGGUCCCGGGCCGCGUCUACGUCCAGCCGCAGUGGGUCUGGGAUUGUGUCAACCAGGGUAGGCUGCUCAGACCGGACCUGUAUGCGCCAGGCGCAACACUGCCGCCACACUUGAGCCCGUGGGUUAAGGCUGGGAAGGGGGUUUAUGAUCCGGCGAAGCCGCUCGAGGAGCAAGAGGAGGAGGAUGAGGCGGAGGCUGCUGCAGAGGAUGAGGACGAGGUGGAGGGUGCGGAUGAGGGAGCGGUCGAUAACGAGGGCGAGGAGAGUGAGGAGGAAGAGGCGGCGCCGCGGAGACGGACGGAGAAUCCUCUUCUCGAUCGGCCGGAGGAGGUUGAGGCGGGCGAGGGCAUGGAUGUCGCUGCCGCCGAGACCUCAGACGAGGAAGACGAAGACGAAGAGGAGGAGGAGUGGGGCGGCCUCGACGACGAGCCCGCCGCCGAAGACCUCGACGAAGCAGAAGCAGAGCGCCUCCGUCACCAGCGCGAACUGGAAGCCGAGGCCGCGGGCGUGCCGCUGGCAGCUAUCGCGAAUAGCAGUGCGCCGAAGAGCAAGGCGGCUGAGGCGAGGCAGAAGGCGGAUAGGAGGAGGAAAGAGCAGGACGAGGAGCUUGAGAGAGGCAUGAUGAUGAUGAGUCGGAAGAAGAGGAAGCUCUUUGAGAAGAUGAGGUAUGGGAAUGAGAAGAAGGAGGAUGAGGCGAAGAGGCUGAGGGCGAAGAGGCGGAAGUUGGAGAAGGGGAAGGGUGGUGGGGUUGCGUAG